AUGUGGGGAAGUAUUCCACCAGAAAUUGCUCCUCAUCUUCUUCAGGUAGAUGAAACAGAUGAGGUAAUCAUAGGUUUUAUAUCCGAAUUUUCAUUUACUCCAUUGGGAAAGCCUUUCUCCAAAGACAGAUUAUCUAUUGUUGUUUCAGCUCAAAAGACUAGCCACCAAGAAAACAGAAGGCUUGGGUUUUCUACUAAUACACCCUGUUACUUUUCACUUUUAAGGUUAGAUAUUUGUUUCUAUGUUACAACAUAUAAUACUUUAUUAAACGUAUAUUUACUGGGUAAUGAUGUUUCAUCAUAUGAUGAUGAUAUCAUCGCUGCAGUAAAUACGUACCACCGGGUUUAUGUUGAAUGCAGUAUUUAUAUUUUCAGUUAA